AGGACGAAGAUAAAACAAAAUGGCGUUUGACGGAGACGUUAUUGUGUUUAUAGUAGUUCAGUGUUCCUAAUCAGUACGUACAUGGACACAUGCGUGUGGUUUAAUAGAGUAAAGGUUGUUAAUAAUUGUGUGUAUUUGGAUACAUUAGUCUGAGCGCACUUUGAAGCUCCUCCCGCUACCUUAGCUCGCUAGUUAGCUUAGCUUGUUAGCUGCUAACAAAGAGAGGCGGAGGUGAUCAAAACACAUCGCUAAGCAGUGAUCAAGUGUGAGUGUAAAGUGUUGUGAUUGUGUGAAAAUGUGCGAAAGAACGAUAGCAGAGUACGAGGAGGAACUUUGUCCAACAAAAGAGGAGAAGGAGCGACAACAUCAACUACUGGACGCUGUUUUCAAGAAACGUCAAGUUUUGUUACACAGAACAGACGUCCAGCAGCCGCCCCACAUUAAAGAGGAAGAGGAGGAAGUGUGGAUCACUCAGGAGGAAGAGUGUCUUCUAGGGCAGGAGGAGGCUGAUCUCACCAAGUUUCCACUGACUGUUGUCUCUGUGAAGACUGAAGAGCAUGAAGACAAACCACCUGAGUCCUCACAGCUUCAUCACAGUCCAAACGUCCAGCAGCUGGUUAGACUUCCUCAUUCACAGGGUGUCAACUCCAUUUUGAAGCAGGAGGAUCCACAGCCCCCCCACUAUAAAGAGGAAGAAGAGGAAGUGUGGAUCACUCAGGCAGGAGAGUGUCUUCUAGGGCAGGAGGAGGCUGAUCUCACCAAGUUUCCACUGACUGUUGUCUCUGUAAAGUCUGAAGACCAUGAAGACAAACCACCUGAGUCCUCACAGCUUCAUCACAGUCCAAGUAGGGAGAACAGAGCUGUGGAACCUUCAAGAAGCAGCUCACCACAACACAUGAUGGCAGAAGGUGAUGGAGACCACUGUGGAGGAUCACAAGCAGACAACCUCUUAGCUCCACUAUCAGAUAGUGACGACACAACGUCACCCGUUAAUGUAAAUAUGGAAUCGCAUACAAGAACACACACUGAAGAAAAACCCUUUUGUUGUUCAGUUUGCACAAAAGAGUUUAUUAAAAGCUCUCAUUUGACUCGACACAUGCGGACACACACAGGAGAAAAACCUUUCAGUUGUUCAAUUUGCGAUAAAAGAUUCUCCAUCAAAACUAACAUGCAAAUACACAUGAGAACACACACGGGAGAAAAACCUUUCAUUUGCCCAAACUGCGGCAAAAGAUUUUCUCAAAAUGGAGCGAUGCUGUCACAUAUGAGGACACACACAGGUGAAAAACCUUUCAGUUGUUCAGUUUGUGGUAAGAGAUUCUUUGACAAAAGUAAAAUGCAAACACACAUGAGAACGCACACGGUAGAAAAGCCUUUCAGUUGUUCAGUUUGCGCCAAAGGCUUUGUGAGAAACUCUGAUUUAACUCAACACAUGCGAACGCACACAGGAGAAAAACCUUUCAAUUGCUUGAACUGCAGCAAAACGUUCUCUCAAAAGGGAUCGUUGCUGUUACACAUGAGUACACACUCAGGAGAUAAACCUUUCAGUUGUUCGGUUUGCGGAAAAAGAUUCUCUAACAAAAAUAAUAUGCAAAAACACAUGAAAACACACACCGGAGAAACCCCCUAUAGUUGUUCCGUUUGUGCCAAAGGCUUUGUUAGAAACUUUAAUUUGACUCAACACAUGAGAAAACACACAGGAGAGAAACAAUUCAGUUGUUCAGUUUGUGGUAAAAGUUUCUCUGACAAGCAUAAUAUUCAGUCACACAUGAGAACGCACACGGGGGAAAAACCUAUCAGUUGCUCAGUGUGCGGUAAAAGAUUCUCUGACAAACGUAAUAUCCAGAGACACAUGAGAACGCACACGGGAGAAAAACCUUACAGUUGUUCGGUGUGUGGCAAAAGUUUAUCUAACAAACAGAACAUGCAAAAACACAUGGAAACACACAAACACAUCGCUAAGCAGAUAUCAAGUGUGAGUGUAAAGUGUUGUGAUUGUGUGAAAAUGUGCGAAAGAACGACAGCAGAGUACGAGGAGGAACUUUGUCCAACAAAAGAGGAGAAGGAGCGACAACAUCAACUACUGGACGCUGUUUUCAAGAAACAUCAAGUUGUGUUACACAGAACAGACGUCCAGCAGCUGACUGGACGUCAAGAAGGUCCCGCUCAGCCGCUGGGGAGAAGCUGCACUUUGAGGCAGGAGGAUCCACAACGCCCCCAUUUUAAAGAGGAAGACCAGGAACCAACUGCACAUAUCAAGGAGAAACAGGAGGAACCACAGUCCCCCCACAUUAAAGAGGAAGAGGAGGAAGUGUGGAUCACCCAGGAGGAAGAGUGUCUUGUAGGGCAGGAGGAGGCUGAUCUCAGCAAGUUUCCACUGACUGUUGUCUCUGUGAAGACUGAAGACCAUGAAGACAAACCACCUGAGUCCUCACAGCUUCAUCACAGUCCAAAAUUCCUGCAGCUGUUUGGUCGUCAAAAAGAGCUGUUUCCCAAGUCGCUGGAGGGGAGAUCCACUUUGAAGCAGGAGGAGCCGCAACCCCCCCACCUUAAAGAAGAAGAGGAGGAAUUGUGGCUCACUCGGGAGGGAGAUUGUCUUGUAGGGCAGGAGGAGGCUGAUCUCACCAAGUUUCCACUGACUAUUAUUUCUGUGAAGACUGAAGACCAUGAAGACAAACCACCUGAGUCCUCACAGCUUCUUCACAGUCCAAGUGAGGAGGACAGAGAUGUGGAAUCGUCCAGCAGCAGCUCAACUCAACACAUGACAACAGAAGCUGAUGGAGACCACUGUGGAGGAUCACAAGCAGACAAGCUCUUAGCUCCACUAUCAGAUAGUGACGACACUACGUCACCCGUUAAUGUAAAUAUGGAAUCACACUCCGGAGAAAAACCUUUUAGUUGUUCAGCAUGUGAUAAAAAAUUCUCCAACAAAAGUAAUAUGCAAAAACACAUGAGGACACACACAGGAGAAACUCCCUACAAUUGUACCGUUUGUGCGAAAGGCUUUGUUAUAAACGCUGACUUGACUCGACACAUGCGGACGCACACCGGAGAAAAACCUUUUAUUUGCUCAAACUGCGGCAAAAGGUUUUCCCAAAGUGGAACAUUGCUGUCACACAUGAGAACGCACACAGGAGAAAAACCCUUCACUUGCUCAAACUGUGGCAAACGUUUUUCUCAAAGCGGAACAUUGCUGUCACACAUGAAAACACACACUGGAGAAAAGAUUUUCAGUUGUUCAGUUUGUGAUAAAAGAUUCUCUGACAAACGCAAUAUGCAAACACACAUGCGCACGCACACGGGAGAAAAACCUUUCAGUUGUUCUGUGUGCGCGAAAGGCUUUGUGGUGAACUCUAAGUUGACUCUGCACAUGCGGACUCACACAGGAGAAAAACCUUUCAAUUGCUCAAACUGCGGCAAAACGUUCUCUCAACGGGGAACAAUGCUGUCACACAUGAGAACACACACGGGAGAAAAGCUUUUCAGUUGUUCAGUGUGCAGUAAAAGAUUCUCUAACAAACGCAAUAUGCAAACACAUAUUAGAUCACACACGGGAGAAAAACCUUUCAGUUGUUCAGUGUGUGGCAAAAGGUUCUCUAACAAAAAUGAUAUGCAAACACACAUGAGAACACACACAGGAGACGCUCCCUAUAGUUGUUCUGUUUGUUCAAAAGGUUUUGUUAGAACCUGUGACUUGAAUCGACACGUGCGGACACACACGGGAGAAAAGCCUUUCAAUUGCUCGGACUGUGGGAAAAAGUUCUCUCAAAGGGGAACAAUGCGGUCACACAUGAGAACGCACACGGGAGAAAAACCUUUCUGUUGUUCAGUGUGCGACGAAAGAUUCUCCAACAAAAGUAAUAUGCAAAGACACAUGAGAACACACAAUGGCGAAUAAAUGUUCGUUAUUCGAAGUCCUUCUUGGAUGAACUCUAAAGAGUCACUAAAGGUCUACUGCACGCCUUUUUCUUAAGUCCGGACUUUACCCCGAUCCAUAUUGCGAAGCAUGUUAGUCUGGACCCAGUUAGGACCCAGCCAGCCCACCUUAUUUUCUUUUAGGUACAGAUGGGAGAAGAAAUCAUUAGAUGGAUUUUAAUGUUGAAUACCUCUCACUAUUAUGUUAGAUCCACUAUGGACUGGACUUUCACAAUAUUAUGUCAGACUCACUCGACAUCCAUUGCUUUCAGUCGCCCCUAGGGGGGGUUACCCACAUAUGCGGUCCUCUCCAAGGUUUCUCAUAGUCAUUCACAUCGAAGUCCCACUGGGGUGAGUUUUCCUUGCCUGUAUGUGGGCUCUGUACCGAGGAUGUCGUUGUGGCUUGUGCAGCCCUUUGAGACACUUGUGAUUUGGGGCUAUAUAAAUAAACAUUGAUUGAUGAAUACAGUGAUUUUAGUUAUGAUUCACAGCGAUCCAUUAAAGAUAACUUAAAUAUUGGAAUGGGUUUGAGCCUUUACUUGUUAUAUUGCAUGCUGGAAGCCAAUGUACUUGGAAAAGUUUGGUGCUUUUAGUGUCAGAGCACUUCAUAC